AUGCCACUCUAUUCUAAGUUUUUGAAAGAUUUGCUGACUAGAAAGAGCAAAUAUAUCCAUAGUGAUAACAUUGUGGUGGAAGGGAACUGUAGUGUGGGGAUACAAAGAAUCCUUCCACCUAAGCAUAAGGAUCCUAGGAGUGUUACUAUUCUAUGCUCUAGUGUGAUUGAAGAUGUUCUAGUCAAGGUGCAGCAUUUUACUUUCCCUGCGGAUUUUGUUGCGAUGGAUAUUGAAGAGCACGCUGAAAUUCCUUUGAUUUUGGGUCAUCCCUUCAUGUUAACCGCCAGUUGUGUGGUGGAUAUGGGAAAGGGUAAACUGGAAAUGGGCAUAGAUGAUCAGAAGAUCAAGUUUGAUCUAUUUGAUGCAGAAAAGCACUUACUUGACCAGAAUGUAUGUUUAAAGGUUGAGGAACUUAAGAAUGAGAUGGUUCUGAUGGCUAGAGCCAAGCUUGCUCCAGACCCAUGA